AUGUCAUCGACAAACGUAGAAACAGUGACAGUAGCCCCUCCAAUAGCUACUGAAGAAAGCGGAGCAUCAACAUCUGCUGAAGUGCCCGUUACUAAAACUAGCCAUGCUGAUAGGCUAUGGAGAUCGUUACUCCCAGGGUUCACUAGCUCUUGGACUAUAACAAGAGAUGAAUUGAGAACAGCUCUAGAACACGAAAAAACUGAUAAGGGUCAGUGGAGUAAAACUGGCGGUGGUAAUUGGUGUCCCACUAUUACAGAGCAUGACCAGAAAGUUCUGGCUAUUUUGAAGGAUCAAGUAACACGUCUGCCGAAUAGCAGUGAUAGUGCUGCUUUUUACUUCAAAGAUCAUUCUGGGGACAUAUUCAUCGACUUGGAUGAACCUAAUGUUUUGGUACCAGCAGAUGAAUAUCAAGGAACAGGUUCAAAUGAAAAUGAAGUUGGAGAACAACUUGAAAGUGAAGGAAAUAUGAGAGGUUCAGUUAGAUUUAUUUUAUUAACCUAUACUGAUAUGGCUUGUUAUUUCUAGGUGACAUGGAGACAGUAGCAGACUAUGAUAUGAACUUGCCCAGAAAUAUUGAAACAAAAAAGGAAAAUGGUGAUUGAUUGCUACGAUAUCUGUUAUUAAAUGAUAAUCCCUUUCAAAAAUAUUAUUGGCGGUUAUUUGCAUAUUUCAUUUUCCAGUUUCAUCCCGAUCCCGAAAACCUAAGAAGAAGAAAACCAAAAAGGAACUUGUUAAUUACAAACAAUUAUAUUUUAAGCGGAAGUGCCAAAAUGCAUAUCUCCAGAAAC